AUGAAACCGUCCCCUUUUGUGCGGCUCAUACAAUCGAACGAUCCAACCUCAGACGAAAAUCUGAAUAGCAUAUUUUCUCAUAUUGCGCCAUAUGAAUCCCGCUUGGCCGAAAUCGAUGCCCUCAUGGACGAGCGCGCCGCCCUGCGCGCAUACGUCGACACGCACCGUGGACUCGCCUCACCCCUCCGCCGUCUACCCACCGAACUUCUAGAGACAUUGUUCAUCGCAUGUCUGCCGGAGAAGCAUAACGCUCUACUGGCAAUGACAGAGUGCCCAUUGUUGCUGACGCAUGUGUGUCGUCGCUGGCGCACUGUUGCACUAGCGCUGCCGAGGCUAUGGUGUUCGCUCCACGUUCCGAUUGUGUAUUUGAUGUACUGUGAGGGGCGUCGUCGGCUGCUUCGACAGUGGCUGGAGCGGUCGCGAGAGCUGCCACUGUCAUUGUCUGUUCGGGGUGUGCAGCCCGGUUCGGGCCUUGAGGAGGAUGAGGAUGAGUGGGUUGAUGAGAACGGUUGCAUGACUACGGGAUCGAAAGCGGCUUUCCGAAUCGUUGCAAAACAUACGCACCGUGCUCGUCGCCUCGAACUCACCCACAUCGAUGCGUCAGAUCUAGAGGCACAAGGUUCGCUCCCGAUCGAUAUAGCCAAUCUCGAGCAUCUUGCGCUCAACGACUUGAAUUCGCGAUGGAGCUCAAGCACUCCUUUCUUGCCCUGUGUCCAAGGACCAUCUCUUCGCGCUCUUGUUGUUGUCGGAUACUCUCCGUUAUUGGUGGAGACCCUGCCUCUCUGGUCGCGUUGUCUCGUCUCGGUCAAACUCGCAUCUCUCAAUACCGCCGAACCACAGCCCACGCUCGCCCUUGUCUUUGAGAUUCUCGGUGAGCUUCCCCAGCUCCGAGUUCUGGAGGCGAAUGUCAACUACGACCGGACGGGUCUUGAGGGCAUGCCAGACACGGUCCGUGCUCCCUGUCUGCGCACGCUGGCUGUCUUGAACGACUCGACCAUCGCGACCGAACUGCUCGCAAGGCUUCUCACCGUGCUCGAUUGUCCGGAGCUCGUCUCGCUCACACUGCCUACCGACCGCUCUGACAUCGCGGAGAUCCCUUUCUCUGCCUUCUCCGUCCUCGGCUGUCGCUCUCCCAAGCUUCGCGAGCUGUGCACAGCACCAUGGUUUCUCCCAUCGGACCACAUGUACGGAGUCCUCAGGCUCUUCCCCCGCAUCGAGUCCCUCAUCUUUAGAUGCCGCAUCUGGGACGACGACGACAGUCACAGCUGUGUGGUGAACGUCAUCAAUGUUCUCGGCGACGAUAUCGCAUCAGGCAGCUUCUCCUGGCCAAAUCUGCACACAGUCGUCUUGGAGGAUUGCCAGGACGUCCCUACACAUCUCUGGAUCGACUUCCUGAAGCUCAAUUCGACCGCCAAGACGGCCUUGCGUCGCUUUUCGAUGACUCUGGAUUGUGAAGCACCGUGGAGAUCUCGACCUCUGGAUUUGGGGCCGUUUUUGGAUGCUGGGAUCCAGGUAGAGGUUACGUAUCUCGGCGCAUUGGGUCCCUCGCCUUUUCUCGGCGUCGAGGAAUCGACUGACUAA